GAUUUGCGCAGGGUCUUCACCGCAUCUGGCCCUCAGGACGCUGCUCACACCGCAUCGAACCAAGAGCACCGGCGAGAUGAGAGAGACGGGCCGUGCCAAGGCCUUCAGCGCCAAACAGAAGAAGAAGCAGCUGCAGGAGAAGCGUCUGCGCAAGUCACAACCCGAAACCCACCACGUUGCCGACGAGCACCACUCAGGAGCCAGCGACCCGGACGACACAGCGCCGUUUGCUGUGUCCCGACAUCGGCCACCGGGCUCAGCGCAGAACCGACGUGUGCGCUCGGGCUCGGACGCUGCUGGCGAUGCUGGCGGUACUGGCGAUGCUGAUCGUAUGCGCAAGCCCAGAUCGAAGAGCAGAGGGCUCGAAUCCAAGUUCGUGCGGAUGCCGCAUGAGGCCAUGGAAGCCCUGAAGCAGCAGGCACAGCAGCCAUUCCAUCGCCUGGACGAGACUGGCUUGGAAGUCGACUACGAUAGCUUCUAUCCCGAGAGUGCGAUAAUACCCCUUCCGAAGCGGCCGGCCUGGAGCUACGACGACAGCAAAGAAGUCCUCGAGGAGCGCGAGCAGUCGUACUUUCAGUCGUGGAUCGAAAGCGUCCACACCGAGUUCCAGGGGGAUCAUCUGAGCUACUUUGAGCAGAAUCUCGAGGUCUGGCGGCAACUCUGGAGGGUUUGCGAGAUUUCAGACAUCAUCCUGGUCGUCGUCGACUCGCGCAAUCCCGUUCUGCAUUUCCCGCCAGCGCUACACGAAUACAUAUGCAAGGAUCUGGGCAAAGAUGUUGUUCUGGUCUUCAACAAAGUGGACCUGGUUCCCCGCCGAACUCUCCUCGAAUGGCAAAAGUAUUUCGAGGGACGCUUUCCGGGACUCAAGACGGCCUGUUUCAGCAUGUAUCCCAAAGAAUCGUUUGCUCAACGAGGAAAGAGGGUGCGGUUCAAGCGCUAUGCUCGAGCCUAUGGCACUGUCGAUAUCCUCAACGCCUGCAAGUCCACUCCUUUGACCAAGGAGGGCACGCUUGUGGAAUGGGAUUCGCUGAUCGAGGAGCAGCUCUAUCGGGUUCGCAAGUAUGAAGCGUAUCAGGCAUCCAAAGCCGCAACGCGGGAGAAGCAGGAUGGGUUCCUGGGUCGCUCUAGAAGGCGACAGCGCCUUGGCAACGAAAAGCUCGAGUACGACGGAUAUCGUCGUGGGCCGCACGGUCGCGACAGCGACGAUGAUGAGGUGUCCGCCGGCUACAAGCGCCAAGGACACAGUGGUGUCGAGCAGGACGAUGCCAGCAGCGCAGAUUCUUCAGUCGAUGACGAUGAUGAUGAGCCGCUCCAAGGAGAGUUGGAAAGUGAUCCGGCUGCUCGAAGCGACGUGGUAACCAUCGGAAUGCUAGGUCAUCCCAACGUAGGCAAGUCGUCACUGAUCAACAGUUUGAUGGGCAAGAAGGUAGUUUCGACAUCCAAGACCCCGGGCCACACCAAGCAUUUCCAAACGAUUCAUCUGGCUCCACGCGUCCGGCUUUGCGACUGUCCCGGGCUGGUGUUUCCAUCACUCAUCCCGCCUCAGCUCCAGAUCCUCUCUGGCAUGUACAAGAUUGCCCAAGUACAAGAGCCAUAUUCAGUCGUUCAGUAUCUGGCUGAGCGUAUACCCCUGGAGACGAUUCUGGGCGUAUCCUUCAUCGACGACAAUGACAACAAAGUGGAUUCAGAGGAGGAUCGUGGUCCGCGAGAGUGGAGUGCAUGGAAAAUAUGCGAAGCAUUUGCAAUCCAGCGCGGCUUCCUGACCGCUCGUGCUGCUCGCCCGGAUGUUUAUCGCGCAGCCAACCUCAUUCUGAGAAUGGCUUGCGAGGGCAAGAUUCCGUGGGCCUACAGGCCAGCUGGCUACUUUUCUCUUCAAACUCGAGACGAGGAAGAACCUAUGGGUGGCCGGGAGAUCCCGGUGGAUGAUCAACCAGAGAGCCCCUUUGAUGAUGAGGCCGAGUCUCUGGGGAAUGCCGAGAGUGAGUCGCACCGGUACGAUGUGCUCGAUGAGGUAUAUGUCAACGACAUGUCUGGAGCGAACUAGGGCAGUGUCCCUCAGUCCUUUGCAUCAACCGCGGCCUUCAGCACAACGAUCUGCUGCCCGCAGCACCACUGCGGCCAUGCGACUGUAUCUGGUCUCAGUUGGUGGUUGCAGGGGCACGGCUUUGAAUACACCCGGCCGAUGUCCUGAGGCGAUGAUGGGGCUGCUCCGAGUACCGGGCGAGCCUGUCUCGGUGGGCUCGAUGCGUAUCCCUUCCCUUGCUUCCAGGACACAUUCCCAGAGGCAAAUCAC